UAUACAUUAUAAUUGUACUUGACAUUCUCCGUCAUUCUUUCGCUAAGCAUGACCAAAUGUAACAUGCAUAACAUGAUUGUAUUAUCCAAAUGAAAAAUUCUUAGGUAUCUCUUUUACGAUAGAAGCAACCGAGAUAUUGUCGUAACUUUUGUUCUAUUUUUCACUCGCUCGUCACAUUACACCUUAUCCCGCAGUGACCGAUCAGAAAAUCUUGAAAUGCGCAACAACUCUAUCACUUCUGUCUGAUAGUAUGAUAAUCCUCUUUGCAAAAGUAGUAACAUAGAACUGAAGUCACACAUUCUCCUGACAAGAUCGAUUUUUCAUGAGCGUAUACUCUUCUUCUUUCUUUACCGCCUGUUGUCAGAGGUAAACCAGUCAUGCGCAAAUUUUCUACCGUCAUUGUAAUCGAUGAGAUGCACUCAGUUGCUCGCGCGCCUUUCAUACAGUAACAUGGCCAAAAUCUCAAUGUGGUCUAAUGUGAGCCACGAGAAGGACGUGGAAGACACGUUGAUGUGGAACCGAUGGUUACUACGAGUCAUCGGUAUUUGGCCGUUAGUGUAUCCAAAUACCACGAGGAUCGAGAAGAUCCUGGCGAUAUUUUCGUUUGCAUUGUGCUGGACUGUGCUCAGUUUACUGUUGGUACUUACGAGCAUAUACACCUUCUCGAAUCGUAGUAUCAUGAGCGAAAAGAUGAAGAUGCUGGGUCCGUUAGGUUACGUGUUCUUUUCGAUGCUGAAGUAUCUCUUCUUAGUGAUACGUCACAAAAGUAUCCGUGGAUGUGUCCAAGUCCUUAGCGCCGACUGGCGUGUAGUCCAGGAAGGAUAUCAUCGGGAUAUCAUGAUAAGGGACGCGGCGAAGGGCCAUGUACUCUCCAAGUUUUGCAUAAUGUUCAUGUAUUGCGGCGGUUUAUCUUACAAUACAGUAAUGCCGUUCCUGUCGCAAACGCCUGAAAACGAGCUGAAUAUUACCAUCCGACCGAUGGCUUACCUUGGCUUCGACAUCCUCUUCAAUCUGCAAGUCAUGCCGAUUUACGUUUUCGCUUUCUGUCUGCAAUGUUUCACUGGUGUCGUCAUGUUCAACAUCACCACUUCGGUUUGCUGCUUGGCAGCCAUGUUCGUAGCUCACGCCUGUGGUCAAAUGGACAUCGUGAUAGAUCGUAUGGAGAAUCUCGUGAAGAAUGAAGAACAGUGCAGUUCCAUAAAAUUCGAGCAGUGCAUGGCAAUUAUCGUACAACAUCAUGUGCGAGCGUUGAAGCUAAAACUUUAUAGAUUUUCAGCCAGCAUCGAGGAUACUUUGCGCGAGAUAUGUCUGAUUGAGAUGGUGGGGACGACAUUAAUAAUGUGUCUAGUAGAAUAUUCGUUGAUUACGGAGUGGAAUAACAGCGACAAUAUAGCAAUAUUUACGUAUUUUUUUCUAUUUCUUUCGUUUGUCUUCAAUAUUUUCAUAUUCUGUUACAUCAGUGAGCUGCUCACGGAACAGUGCUCCAAGGUUGGGUAUACAACAUACACGAUUGAGUGGUACAAUUUGCCAGGAAAAGCAGCUCUUGAUCUCAUGUUAAUAAUCGCAAUGUCCCGUCAUCCGGUACAGAUCACCGCUGGAAAAAUGAUAAGUCUCUCUUUCGCUAAUUUUGGCAAUGUAAGUAUACAAUACGUUUUCACAUUGAAGAUGAAAGUGAAAUUUAUGUUUAUGUUUAAUUUAGUUUUACUUAUGUUUAUGUGAAAUUGAUGUAUUAUGUUUUGU